AUGAUCAGUCCGAACCGGAGGCGGCUAGGAGUCUACCAACACGCGUUGCAUAACACAAUCUCCGUUGCCAGAAGUAAGUGGGCUGACCGAGGACAUCCCACUAUUCAACCUGGCGGUCGGAGCGCGAAAAAAUCCCCGAUCAACCACGCGGAGAGCCAAACCCGUAGUUUUGUACUCUUGCCGGAUACGACCUCGGUGGGAAAGUACCGACACUCACCCGCUCAACAAGAAUUUGUUCAUGUUGGCUCCGCGUCGAAGAUAAAUUCGCGACGCUACCAAUAUCUAGGGCCACGAAGAAACCUGUGCAAUCUAGCAAGACCGGGGAAUAAAGCAGCUCUCCCGGCUCGUCUAUAUAGGAAACCACUGGGAACCGAACAGGAAGUUAAUCCCAGCAGGUGCCCGUGA